AUGAAUGGCGGUUUCCGCAUAACUGGCUAUCCGGCUGCCGCCGCAGCGACAACCGCGGCAAGCAGCGCUGGAACAACCACAACCCCCGGGACGACAUUGACAGCGUGUAACAACACGCCGUCCAACAGCGCAAUGAUGCACAAUGCCACCGGAAACACAAAUAAAAUUAACAACGAUGUUGCCAGUCAAGGUAUCUGUGGCAACAAUAAUACUUUUGCGAACCACUUUAAUCCGCUGCGUACGCCAAAUGGCAGCAUUGGAAGUCAACAGUCGCAGGCGCAGCAACAAAAGCAGCAAAUGCAAUUGAAACAAUUACAAUUGCAACGAGAGCAACGCGAGCGCGCUCUAGAUUUGCACAUCAGCGAAUACCAACCGCCAACACCGACACAAUUUACCACCGUGGCGCCACCGCUUUGCGGUAACACAGCCGCACCGAUCGCGUUGAAAGGCAAUAAUCCUUUUCUGAAUAGCCCUUCGCCCACAGAUACAAUGCCUACGGCGGCAAUGGCUUUUGGCUAUGCGGCGACAACUACAACAUCAGUGUCGUCAGCGAUGCCACUGGUAUGCGGAAACACGAAUAAUGUUGCAACGCCGCCCAAUAGUAGCGGCUAUGAGAUGCCUGAGUAUGCGGAGCCGCAACGUUUUCGAGCGCACAAACAUCCACGACCGCAUAGCAUUGCCGUGGCGUCCAUGAGUGCCAGCAUGUCGGCAACUACUGCAGCAAAUGUGACCACUACAUCCACCUCGGGCGCAACCAGCUACAGCAGCAGUACCAACGAUCUGGCUUUUAGCACUUUGCGACGCACACCCAAAGCGCUACCGAACAGCUUUGUUGACUACGCCUCCAGACAUCAGCUACAGCAGGAAGAGCAAUUGCGCCUGCAGCAUGUUAACUUACAGCAACAACAGCAGCGGCUAUUGCAAUCAACGCGUCAGCAGCAGCAGUUACGUAGCGUUGGCGGUGGCGGUAGCGGUAGUGGCAGCGGCUUAAGUAAUUCUGGCGCACCCGUUUCUAUCGGCACUGCGCCUACUUCAGCAGGCACGCCUACACCCGCCACCAGCGUAGACAAGGAGGCCUUGUAUGCGGCACUCUUUCAACAUUAUCGCAAUAGCCCAACACGCGCGCCACAUGCCACACUGCCGCACAAAAUGGGCGCCGCCAACGUAUCUCAAACACUAGCCACGCAUACCAUUAGUAACGCUGUAUCUAGCUCCGCAGCAACUACUACCAAUUACUGCCCACCCGUGCCCCUCCACCGAAAUCAAAAUUCGACCAGCGCGGCUCAACAACUCCAUCAUCAACAGCAAGCAUCCAACUCGUUAAUGCAGCAGCCAAUUGUGCCACGUCGUUCGCAUAGCACACCGCGUCCACUCAAGGGCCUCAACGAUCAGCAGCCACAAUCGCCACAGCAGCCACUUCCGCCAGCAGUCAAUGGCGGCUUGCAGUUAAACGGUGGCACCGCGCCACGUCCACGCAGCUUAGAUCGUUUCAACAGCGAAGCAAAGCCUGCAGGACUCUAUCAACCACCACCAAUACCACUGCGCCGCUUCCCGCCGGGUGUAACAAAUUCACGUCAAUCAAUGGGUAGUCCCCAACCGGACUCAGGCAGCGACACGCCAAAAUUCAGCGGCAAGAAGAGCACCAGCAUUGAUAACAUACGCAACGGACUGUCCUUUACGAGCGCGUCGGAUGUCAGCGCGUUUGCGAAUGGGGCUGGUUUAAACAGCAGUGCCACCGGUGGUAUGCGCCACUCGGUCACCUUUCACGGUCGCAGCCAAUCGGGUCAGAUCAGCGCGGAGCAUGGUUUUAAUGGAGAUGUCACCGCGGCGGCAGUAAGUUCUGCUGCCACUGCGCUUGGCAUCACGAACCUCACUAGUUCUGCCUCCUGGCACAAGGGCGAACGUCCACUUUCCUAUGCUUACGGGGCCAGUGCGCCCGAUCAAGCCUAUCUGGAAAAUCAGCUGCGCGCCUAUUCAGAACAGUUGCGUACUAUAACGGAAAGUGUGCGCAAGUACUCUGAGCAAGCAAAACUGUUAUCGGAAUUAAAGCGCCAGCAGCAACUAGCCAAGGUGCAGCAACUGCAACCGACUAGUGGCAAUAUUAGCUCGCCAACUAUGGGCGGGAAUAUUACUGGCAAUGCCCAACAGAGCCUACAUGUGUGCAGCUCGCAGAGUGGCAGUAAUUUUUCUUCGAAUAUGAUUUCGCCUGAGAUCGUGAGUAAAUCACUCGCAUCGCUCUGUUCGUCGACGGAAGCGCAGACACCUUCGCAUCAACUGAGACUCUUCCUCGACAACAUACGCAGUACCAUGCGCUCCGAGUAUCAGCAGAAUAUACCAGAAGACAUGCUAAAGCCCAUAACCGAGUCAAAGUCCCCAACAAGCUUACAACAACAAUUAGUGCAGCAACAGCCACAGUCACAGAUUCCACAUUCGCAGGCCUCCGCGCAACUGCCUUCACUGAAGGCCUACAAGCGUCCCAACCUCGACGAGUCAUUGCGCAGUUCGCCUGUGCAAUCGACAUCAGCCAUAAAUUCUUCUAACUCAGUUGCCAACAAAUCAAAUGACAAUGAUCUACCUACACCAUCAGAUCAAUUACGUCUCUUUCUAGAUGCCAUACGUUCAAAUAAGAUACCCGAAACUGAUGAAAAACCAAAGCUCGCCAACUCACAAACGCUCGAUUCGUUCAUUUCAAAACCCCUUCAAAUGCCUGACGUCACUUCUGGCACACCUGGCGCUCAACUCAGUGGCAUGCCACCUACACGCCGACGUCCUAAAAGUGCAAUAGCAACCACUAAGAUAGAAAAUGAUCGCGGUGAACACUCAAUGAUCACCUCGGAAAGUUUUCAUCAGAUCUCGGACAAUCUGCGUUUGAUGAGCGAAGAUCUGAAGGCACUCAGUCCCAGCAAGGUAUUGAGCAGCUCCGUGAGCAGUGGAAAUUUAAAAGUAGCUGCCGCCACAGUGACCUCUCUUUCACCCUCUCUAACCACCGAGCUACGCGUCAUAACUAGUCAUUCCCCACUUAGCACAUCACCCAUAAAUCAGUCCUCGUCACACUAUGCCACCUUGAGCCGAGCGAAUGUUAGCAAUUUUGGUGCCAGCUCUGCUGUAUUCGGAACACAAAUAACCACAAACUCACCAUCGCCUUCACAGUCGACACAUUCGCAAUCAACUAGCGCCACGACGACACCAUCAACGGCGCCACUCAUGACCGACUUCAAUGCGAUACUGGACAGUUUCCAAGAGAUGGCGGACAAGUACAAAUCCAAAGGUUCCUAUGAUUACUUGCGCAAAUGUUCGGAUGCGUUGCGUCAGCAUUCACAACAGCUGAAAUUGCGAGAGCAACAGCAACAAAUGGCCAAUGGUGGUGGUGGAUUCAUGGGUAGCGAUGAUAGCAGUUCAUGUAGCACAACACCGGGUAGUAUUCGCGAGGCGGUGCAAAAUCUAUUGAUGCAACCGAGGAAUGGUUUCCAAAUACUCGAUGAUCGCAUGCGAUUGUUUAUCGACAUCAUCGAUAGUCAAGAUCGCCUGAGUCAGACAUUUUGGCCCGCAGCGCAUUGGCGCACUACACAGGCGAGCAGCGGCCAGCGACCAACAACAGCUAAGUGUGACUUAGAAAAUCCAUUAAAAGUGGUAAGUAAGGAGAAAAAGGAACUAAAAGUCCCACCAGGCAAUGGCAGCAGCCGGGAUUUACAAUCGGAAAUUGAAACGCAUCGCGUCGUCUAUGAUCGUCUUGAUGGCACCGGCCGCAAAUUGCUGGGUUCACUCACCUCGCAAGAGGAUGCGGUGAUGUUGCAACGUCGGCUGGAUGAAAUGAAUCAGCGUUGGAAUAAUUUGAAGUCUAAAAGCAUUGCCAUCAGGAAUCGCUUGGAGUCGAAUUCAGAGCAUUGGAAUGCAUUGUUGUUAUCGCUACGCGAGCUCACUGAAUGGGUUAUACGCAAAGAUACAGAGCAAUCAUCGCUGAGCGUUGGUCCGCUGAUGGGCGACGCCGCUAGUCUGCAAAAACAAUUGGAUGAUCAUAAAGCCUUUCGACGUCAACUCGAAGAUAAACGUCCCAUUGUGGAAAGCAAUUUAUUGAGUGGACGUCAAUAUAUUUCAAGUGAGCCGCCUGUGUCGGACAACAGCGAUACGGAAGUACAAGAUACCGAUUCCCGUUACUUAAGCGCCGAGGAGCAAAGCCGCGAGCUAACGCGCAGCAUUCGUCGUGAGGUUGCUAAACUUUCGGAGCAAUGGAAUAAUCUAAUCGAUCGUUCUGACAAUUGGAAGCAUCGCCUGGAUGAGUACAUGACGAUUGUUAAUGAAAAUGUAACUAUGUACUUCAUAUUCGUCCCAAUAUUCCAGUAUUUAUGA